AUGGCGGAGCCGGGCGCGGGGGACCCCGGGGCUCUGCUGAGCAGCGGCAGCGAGCGGCGGUGCCGGGCGCGGUUGGCGGCGGCUGCGGGGCGCGGGGGGGCAGCGGCGGCCGCGGUGCUGGUGCCGCUGUGCUCGGUGCGGGGCCGGCCCGCGAUGCUCUUCACGCUGCGCUCCCGCAGCCUGGGCGGGCCCCACAGCGGCGAUGUCAGCUUCCCCGGGGGGCGGCGGGACCCGGCGGACGGAGACGCGGUGGCCACGGCGCUGCGGGAGACGCGGGAGGAGCUGGGGCUGGCGCUGGGGGAGCCGAGCGUGUGGGGGCAGCUGCGGACCCUGCCGGACCGGCAGGGGCUGACGGUGGCCCCCGUGGUGGCCAACCUGGGUCCUCUGGAGAAGCUGACGCUGGCUCCCAACCCGGACGAGGUAGCGGAGGUCUUCACCCUGCCCCUGGCUCACCUCCUGCGGGAGGAGAACCAGGGCUACACCCACUUCCGCACCGCCGGCCGCUACGGCUACACCCUGCCCGUGUUCCUCAACGGGCCCCACAAGGUCUGGGGGCUCACGGCCAUCAUCACCGAGCUGACCCUGGAGCUCCUGGCGCCCGAGCGCUACCGCAGCAAGACCGUGGUGCCGGGCCGGCACCGCUCCGCCUGACGCCG